AUGGACGAAGACGAAGCAACAUCAUACCAAGUUUUGUUGGAUUCCAGAUUUUGGAUUCAACAUAUACUCGUGCCUACUUUGGUGUGCAUGGGACUCGUCGGGAAUAUCAUCACUAUAAUGGUAUUAACGAGACGAAGAAUGAGAUGCUCCACCAACACCUACCUAUCUGCUCUGGCUUGCGCGGACAUCAUUCAUUUACUCUUCGGUUUUCUAUUAUCCUUCGAGCACUAUCCCAACGUUCACGAUAAAAAAUACGAAUUGUAUUGGCGAUUCUACGGUUUAACCCACUGGUUGUGCGACGCAGCAAGUGCUACUUCGGCCUGGUUGGCUGUAUCGUUCACAGUGGAGCGAUACAUAGCAGUAUGCCAUCCGAUGAAGGGAAAAAUCUACUGCACAGAGCGUCGGGCCAAAAACAUCAUAGUAAUUGUUUAUAUAUUUUGUUUGCUAACCACUGCUUCGACGACGUUCGAGUACCAAUUGAGUUUCACCGGCGACAAUUGUACGAGGGAAUGCUUCAACGACACGAGCUACAGCGCGAGGAGCGAUCUGAGGACGAACGUCAGUAGAAUGGAGCCCGCGAAUCGAUAUUUCCACUACAAAGAUGUGAAAGAUUACGACAACUACGUGAAGGAUAAAUUGAAGCACAUUUUGGCGAAUUGCACGAGCCAUCCGCACAUUAUUCUUGUGCCGGUUAUAGUGCCGGAAUUGGAUCGCCGGCUAAACGCAACCGAGGAAACUGAAAAGGCUGCCAGAACCAUUGAAAAAGAGCUCGAAGAUACUUUGAACUCCAUAAUGUCCUCUAACGAAACUAACCAGAAAAAUCUAAUAACCGGAUCGUCGAACGGUACUUACGAGGAACUUAAUGCGACUUAUUGUUGCGAAUCGGACAAGCAAAUUUUCGUGGAGAACACCGAAUUGGGCAAGAGCAAAACCUACAUGGAUUUCAUUUAUUGGUACAGCGCCGUGUUUUUCGCCAUUUUACCAUUGCUGCUCAUAGCCACUUUUAACUUCUUCCUCGUUAAGGCCGUUUAUUCAUCGCUAAAAACCAGAAGAGUGAUGACCAACUCCCAAGAGACUGUUUCUUGGAGAAACGAAAAGAGGAUCACAAUAAUGUUGAUUGGGAUAAUAUUCGCAUUUCUAAUUUGCACUUUACCCACAGCUGUUCAUCUAAUUUAUUACCACUUUAACGAACCGAAAAAUAACGUGGAAAUUAACAUACGACUCAUAUUGGGAAAUUUCUGCAAUUUCAUGGUGAUGCUGAACGCGCCCUGCAACUUCCUGAUCUACUGCCUGUUGAGCAGGAAAUUCCGGGUGACGUUCAUGAAGAUAUUCUGGGACAGGCGUCGCGGGACGCAGAUCGACGCCGAAACGAUCCUGUUGUCCUCGUCGAAGGCGAAGGACUCGAACAAGUUCAAUAUAUACAAGCACGGCCUAAUGAAACGAAACGCGUCCGAAUAUCGCACUCCAAGAGAUUUGGAGGCUCAUAGUUUGACCAGCGUGCCGAGAUCGAAAUCCGUUAUGGUUAGGCCAAUUGGUAAAGCGAAAUCCUGUGAUUUAAACGUUUAA